AUGACUGGAGCAGAAGCCAGGACUGUUGUUCCUGAGUCAGUGUUGAAGAAGAGAAAGAGGGAGGAAGAAUGGGCACUUGCCAAGAAACAGGAGCUUGAGGCCGCCAAAAAGCAGAAUGCUGAGAAGAGGAAGCUCAUAUUUAACCGGGCUAAGCAGUACUCCAAGGAAUACGAAGAGAAGGAAAAGGAACUGAUCCAGCUCAAGCGUGAGGCAAAACUGAAAGGAGGUUUUUACGUUGAUCCGGAAGCAAAACUGCUUUUCAUUAUCCGUAUCCGGGGUAUCAAUGCCAUUGACCCAAAGACAAAGAAGAUUUUGCAGCUUUUGCGUUUAAGACAGAUUUUCAAUGGUGUGUUCUUGAAGGUCAACAAGGCGACCAUCAACAUGCUUCGCCGUGUUGAGCCCUAUGUCACCUACGGAUACCCAAACCUAAAAAGUGUGAAGGAAUUGGUUUACAAAAGGGGUUUUGGAAAGCUCAACCAUCAGAGGAUUGCCUUGACAGACAACUCCAUCGUAGACCAGGGGCUAGGGAAGCAUGGCAUCAUCUGUGUGGAGGAUCUAAUCCACGAGAUCAUGACGGUUGGGCCACAUUUCAAGGAAGCCAACAACUUUUUGUGGCCAUUCCAGCUGAAGGCGCCAUUGGGAGGGAUGAAGAAGAAGAGGAACCAUUACGUGGAAGGUGGAGAUGCCGGAAAUCGCGAAAACUUUAUCAACGAGCUCAUUAGGAGAAUGAACUGA